AUGAGCGAGAGGCGAGGGGCGGGCGGGGGGCGGUGGCGGCCGGGCGGGCGCGCNGGCUGCAGCCCGGGCGCUCCGCGGGCCCCGGACGGCGCGGGCCCGGCCCCCGAGCCCGAGAGCCCCAGGCCGAGCCCCGGCGCCGAGGGCGCGUCGGGCCGGCCGGACCCCUACUGCUCGUCGUCGUCCGAGGAGCUCGAGGCUGACCCGGGCCAGCCCCGCCUGCGCGGCCGCUCUUCGGAUGCCUGGCCGCUCUCCCCGGCCGCCUCUCCGCCUCCGCCGACGGCCCCGAGGGACUUCGAGGGCCCGGGCGGCGCCGCCCGCGAUCGGCCGGCGGAGGAGAGCCUGCGCGGCCGCUCUUCGGAUGCCUGGCCGCUCUCCCCGGCCGCCUCUCUGCCUCCGCCGACGGCCCCGAGGGACUUCGAGGGCCCGGGCGGCGCCGCCCGCGAUCGGCCGGCGGAGGAGAGCCCGGGCGGGGACGCGGCGGCCGCGGAGAAGGCGCCCCCGCCGCCCACCCUGUACGUGCAGCUGCACGGGGAGACCGCGCGGCGCCUGGAGGCGGACGAGAAGCCGCUGCAGAUCCAGAACGACUACCUCUUCCAGCUGGGCUUCGGGGCGCUGUGGAGGGUGCAGGAGGAGGGCCUGGACUCGGAGGUCGGCUGCCUCAUCCGCUUCUACGCAGGCAAACCUCACAGCACCGGCAGCUCUGAGCGGGUUCAGCUCUCAGGAACGUACAGUGUCCGGAAGGGCAAACUGCACUUGCCAGUGAGCCGGUGGGCCAGACGCCAAGUCACCCUGUGCGGGACCUGCCUCAUCGUGUCAUCCGUGAAAGACAGCGUGGCCGGAAAGAUGCACGUGCUGCCGCUCAUCGGUGGGAAAGUAGAAGAAGUGAGGAAGCACCAGCACUGUUUGGCGUUGAGCUCUUCGGGGCCUCAGAGCCAGACGUACUGCAUCUGCUUCGACACCUUCACCGAGUACCUGCGGUGGCUCCGACAGGUCUCCAAGGUCGCGUCACAGCGCAUUAGCUCAGUGGACCUCUCCUGUUGUAGCUUGGAGCAUCUGCCUGCCAACCUCUUUUACAGCCAGGACCUCACUCAUCUCAAUUUAAAACAGAACUUUCUAAGGCAGAAUCCCAGUCUACCAACUGCAAGGGGGCUCAGCGAACUGCAAAGGUUCACCAAGUUGAAGAGUCUUAACCUUUCCAAUAACCAUCUAGGGGACUUCCCACUAGCGGUCUGCAGUAUUCCUACGUUGGCCGAGCUCAACGUGUCAUGCAACGCCCUUCGAGCCGUCCCAGCAGCCGUCGGAGCGAUGCACAACUUACAGACAUUUUUGUUGGAUGGAAACUUUCUCCAGACCCUUCCUGCUGAGUUGGAGAACAUGCAUCAGCUUAGUUAUCUUGGUCUUUCUUUCAAUGAAUUCACUGACUUUCCAGAGGUGCUGGAGAAGCUGACAGCUGUGGAUAAGCUUUGUAUGUCUGGAAACUGCAUGGAGACGCUUCGGCUACAGGCUUUAAGAAAAAUGCCUCACAUUAAGCAUGUGGAUCUAAGACUGAACCUAAUUAGGAAGCUAAUAGCGGAUGAAGUGGAUUUUCUCCCUCAUGUCACUCAGCUUGAUCUGCGAGACAACAAACUUGGGGGUCUGGAUGCUAUGGUUUUCAACAACCUUGAAGUUUUACACUGUGAAAGGAAUCAGCUGGUGACGUUAAGCAUCUGUGGCUGCGUCCUCAAAGCGCUCUAUGCCUCUUCCAACGAACUUGUCCAGCUUGAUGUUUGCCCAGUUCCGAAUUAUCUGUCCUACAUGGAUGUCUCAAGGAACUGUUUAGAAAACGUGCCUGAGUGGGUCUGUGAAAGCCGAAAGCUAGAAGUUUUGGAUGUUGGCCAUAAUCAAAUAUGUGAACUUCCUGCACGCCUGUUUUGUAACAGUAGUCUCCGGAAACUGCUGGCAGGACACAACCAGCUGACCAGGCUUCCUGAAAGGCUGGAAAGGACCCCCGUGGAGGUCUUGGAUGUGCAGCACAACCAGCUCCUGGAGCUGCCGCCCAGCCUCCUGAUGAAGGCCGACAGCCUGAGAUUCCUGAAUGCAUCUGCAAACAAACUGGAAACCCUCCCUCCAGCCACACUUUCAGAGGAGACCAACAGCAUCUUACAGGAGUUGUAUUUGACGAAUAACAACCUCACAGAUAAGUGUGUGCCUUUGUUAACCGGACACCCCCAUCUGAAGAUUCUUCACAUGGCCUACAACCGACUUCAGAGUUUUCCCGCAAGUAAAAUGGCAAAACUGGAGGAGCUUGAAGAGAUUGACCUUAGUGGGAAUAAACUGAAGGCCGUCCCGACAACCAUCAUGAACUGCAGACGCAUGCACACGGUGACUGCUCACUCCAACUGCAUCGAAGUCUUCCCUGAAGUUAUGCAGCUCCCGGAAAUCAAGUGCGUGGACCUGAGCUGUAACGAGCUAAGCGAAGUCACGUUACCAGAAAACCUGCCUCCGAAGCUGCAAGAGCUGGACCUGACUGGAAACCCCCGACUCGCCCUUGACCACAGAACCCUGGAGCUGCUGAAUAAUAUCCGCUGUUUCAAGAUUGAUCAGCCUUCGGCAGGAGAUGCUUCUGGAGCUCCAGCCGUGUGGAGCCACGGCUACACUGAAGCUUCAGGGGUGAAAAACAAGUUGUGUGUUGCGGCCCUGUCGGUGAACAACUUCUGUGACAACCGGGAGGCCCUGUACGGUGUGUUUGACGGAGACCGCAAUGUGGAAGUGCCCUACCUUCUCCAGUGCACCAUGAGUGACAUUUUGGCAGAAGAGCUGCAGAAAACAAAAAACGAAGAAGAAUACAUGGUCAACACGUUCAUCGUUAUGCAAAGGAAGCUGGGCACAGCCGGGCAGAAACUCGGAGGCGCUGCCGUCCUUUGUCACAUCAGGCACGACCCUGUGGACCCGGGAGGACCCUUCACCCUGACCUCCGCCAACGUGGGCAAGUGCCAGACGGUGCUGUGUCGGAACGGCAAGCCGCUGCCCCUGUCCAGGUCGUAUGUCAUGAGCUGCGAGGAGGAGCUGAGGAGGAUCAAACGGUACAAGGCCAUCAUCACCGAGGACGGCAAAGUGAACGGAGUGACCGAGUCCACGCGCAUCCUGGGCUACACCUUCUUGCACCCCAGCGUGGUGCCCCGCCCACACGUGCAGUCCGUGGCCUUGAGCCCGCAGGACGAGUUCUUCAUCCUGGGCAGCAAGGGGCUUUGGGACAGCCUGUCCGUGGAGGAGGCCGUGGGCGCUGCGCGCAGCGUGCCUGACGCGCUGGCCGCGGCCAAGAAGCUCUGCACCCUGGCGCAGAGCUACGGCUGCCGCGAGAGCGUGAGCGCGGUGGUCGUGCAGCUCAGCGUUCCCGAGGACAGCUUCUGCUGCUGCGAGCUGGCCGCGGCCGCCUCCCUACCGCCACCCAGCCCCGGUGUCUUCACGCCGGCCUCUGGUGCGGCCGCCCGGGAGCGGCCGGCUGACGGGCUGGGUGCGCCAUCCUCUAGCAGCGGCCUGGCCUCCGAGAUGAGCAGCGAGCUGUCCACGUCGGAGAUGAGCAGCGAGGUGGGCUCCACGGCCUCCGACGAGCCGCCGCCACCAGGCGUGCUGGGCGAGGGCAGCUCNUGCGACACUCCGCUCUGA